AGGGAGGAGCUCCAGCAGCCCCCUUUUCCACUGCGACGCUGCGCCCGAGGAGGGAUCGGCCUCUACCCGGAUACGUGGUGGAACUUGGCAUCAUUCUCUGCCUCCAUCACUUUUUUUCUUUUAAAAAUGGCACCCUCCACUUACUCUUCUCACGUCGUCUCUUUAUGUUUGAUCGUGUUUUUUCUCCUCUCGGCGGUGAACUCGCAGUAUGAGAAGUACAGCUUCAGGAGUUUCCCCAGACACGAGCUGAUGCCUCUGGAGUCCGCCUACAAGUACGCGCUGGACCAGUACACCGGAGAGAAGUGGCCGGAGACGGUGGAGUACAUGGAGGUGUCUCUGCGCCUCUACCGGCUGCUGCGGGACAGCGAGGCCUUCUGCAACCUGAACUGCAGCUCCGUGCGGCUGGACGAUGAGGAGAAGUUUGCGGAGUUUCCGGAGUUGCGGGCGUUUGGGAACGUGAUUAAGAGGGCGCAGUGCCUGAAACGCUGCAAGCAGGGGCUGCCCGCUUUCAGACAGACCAUGCCCAGCAGGGACACCUUAGACGAGUUUGAGAGGAGGGAGCCCUACAGAUACCUCCAGUAUGCAUACUUCAAAUCUAACAACUUGGCGAAGGCAGUGUCCGCUGCACACACCUUCCUGCUCAAACAUCCAGAUGAUGACAUGAUGCAGAGGAAUAUGGCCUAUUACAAGAGUCUACCUGGAGCAGAAGAUCACCUCAAAGACCUGGAGACUAAAUCCUAUGAGACCUUGUUUGUGCGUGCAGUGAGGGCGUACAACGGCGAGAACUUCCGUACCUCGGUGUCAGACAUGGAACUGGCUCUGAGGGACUACUUCAAGAUCUAUGAUGAGUGUCUGGCCGCGUCUGAAGGCCCGAGGAACGUCAACGACUUUAAAGACUUCUACCCCUCGAUAGCUGACCACUACAUUCAGGUCCUUGAGAGGAAGGUGGGGUGUGAAACUGACCUCACACCUGUUGUCGGGGGUUUUGUGGUUGAGAAGUUCGUGGCUACCAUGUACCACUACCUACAGUUUGCUUAUUAUAAAUUGAACGACCUGAAGAAUGCAGUGCCGUGUGCUGCCAGCUACAUGCUGUUUGAUCCCAAAGACGAGGUCAUGAAGAACAACGUUGCCUAUUACAAGUAUCACAUGAAGCAGUGGGGGCUGACAGAGGAGGACUUCCUCCCAAGAUCAGAGGCAGUGCGGUACUACAAUCAGACCACCAUGCAGCUACAGAUGUUUGAGUUCUCCAAGCAGCGCCUGGCGAGCGAUGAUGAGGGGGACGUGGUGGAGUUUAUAGACGAGUUCCUGGAUGAGGAUGAAUAGGAAAACACUGAAAAUGACUAAACUAUCCAACCAUUUGUAUUUAUUAGGAUUUCAACGAUCUUUGGAUCUCAGAGUUUGGCUUCUUCACCUGCAGCUUUUUUUAAUGAGGCUCUUUAUUUUGAUUCUUGCAGUUUUUGUUUAUCUGAACAGCUCAAAGUUUUAAUGAACUCAUUUUUUCUACUGUGAAUCAUGUCGUUUAUGAAAUAUUUGCAAUAAAAGAGAUUGAGAAAAAAACUUUUUUAUGCAAAACAAUUGGGAUUUUUUCCCCCACAAAUUUUAAUGGCAUCAUCCAAUAAAAGUUAGGAAACACUGAA